AUGGCUGAUAAUAAGACGCUCUCGAGUAAGUUUAUUGAGGCCCUCUCUGCCGAGAAAAAGGAGGACUAUGAACAAACACAUCAGUUGUUAUCAACAACACCCCCAAAAGUUCUUACACAAAACGGCCUAGCCAUCUUGAAUCUUGUCAUUGAGAAUAUUCGAACAAGUUUGGGUGGCAAAAUCAUACUUGAACUAGUCCCAGAUCCAUCUAUCUCAGGUAAGGGUGACAAUAUCAACAACCCAUUGGCUAAUAAUGACUUUAAAUCCGGCGAUAUCGUUAAAUUAGACCCGUAUCCACCAAGUAACCUUAAAAAGUUACAGAAUUCUUCUAACGAAAAAGAUCAAUGGGAAAGUAUAGAAAAUUCAACUACAAUUGAAGGUGUUGUUACCAGCUCAAACAACAUGCGUAUAAACAUUGUCCUUGCUAACUCCGAUACCCAAGAGUAUAUUAACGAACGUGCAUGGAAACUACAAACAUCCAAUACGAGACUAUGGUUGGUGAAAGUUAGCAAUGAGGCAACCUAUAGACGUAUGGAAUCAACUUUGAGGAAACUAUCUGAGUAUUCGUUAGAUGGUAUAGCUGAUGGUAUGUAUGCACCAGAUAUCGUCCAAUAUCUCCUUGGGAGGAUCUCAUACAGUGUCCCUACAGAUAUCCCAGCAUCACUCGAAUUGGUUAAUAAAGGACUCAACAAAUCACAAGUUGAUGCCAUUGCGUUCUCUUUGGUUUCUCAGAUUUCAAUUAUUCAUGGUCCACCAGGAACUGGUAAAACUUCUACAUUGGUUGAAUACGUUCUCCAGCAUUUGCAGAUGUAUCCAAACAAGCGUAUUUUGAUUACUGCUCCAUCGAACAUAGCAGUGGAUACAAUAGUGGAAAGAUUAUCUCCACAUCUGUCAACCAAAUUGAUUAGAGUAGGACACCCGGCACGUAUGCUAUCAGAUAUUCGGAAACACUCACUAGAUUAUGUGGUGGAGUUGACAACAGGCGAGGAAUUAACUGGGAUUGAAAAAGAUAUAGCAAAGCUAGAGAUCGAAGUUAGGAAACCCAGAACUAGCAAAGUUUACAUUGACCGGAAGUCAAUGUGGGCUGAGAUCAAGGAUUUAAAAAGAGAGUUCAGAAUUAGGAGCAAAAAAAGUGUCAGGGAAGUUUUAAUCGGAUCAAAGGUUGUUGUUUCCACAUUACAUGGAUCUGGAUCUUGGGAGCUGACUUCCAACAUUUAUGGCUUUGUAGGUGAGAAGACCCCCCAAGGAGGUACAGGCUUUUUUGAUACUGUCAUAAUAGAUGAGGUAUCCCAGGCAAUGGAACCAUCAUGCUGGAUUCCUAUAGUUAAUCAUGCCCCUUCAAGGUUAGUUCUUGCCGGAGAUAAUAAGCAGUUACCACCCACAAUACAUUUAACAGACGGGAAAGAUUUUAGAGUGCUAUCGAAUUCUUUAUUUGAUCGAAUCGUUAAAGUAUAUGGAGGUGACGAAUUUAAAAUUCCAUUUGUGAAGUUUCUAAACAUUCAAUACCGGAUGUGUGAGAAGUGUAUGGUUUUUCCUAGUUGGGAGUGGUAUCACGGUGAGCUAAAAGCUGCAGAUAGUGUGAAGGAUAAAAAAGUUGUUGAUUUGCUAAGGGAGUAUACUGCGGAGCCAAAGGAAAUAGUCAAAGGAAAACCGAAAGGAAGGACAAAGGAUAAGUCAAAGAGAAUCAGGAAGUCGAAUAAAGCAAGCGUAGAAUUAGUGACCAAAAAGAUCGAAGUGUUGGAAGUGGAUGAAGCCGAUCCCGAUUUAAUAGAGCAGUAUAUAUGGUAUGAUACACAGGGAGGAACAUGCUCCGAGUCUAUCGAUGAUUCAACAAUAGGCUCUGGUUCCAAAUAUAAUAUAGGUGAGUGUUAUAUUGUACAGGAACAUAUAAAAAAGCUCAUAAGACUCGGAGUCCGGGAAAGAGAUAUUGGAGUUAUAGCUCCAUAUAGCGCACAGGUCUCUCGCCUACGGUCCCUCAUUCGAAAUGGUUCUUUAGAGGAUGAAUAUGGAGAAGACACUGAAGACGGUCAUGAUGUGUACCCAGACGUAGAAAUCAGUACCGUUGAUGGAUUUCAAGGUCGUGAAAAGGAAAUCAUUAUUUUGAGUCUUGUUCGUUCGAACUUUGAAAUAAAUAAGGCAGAAGUUGGGUUUUUAUCUGACUUCCGUCGAUUAAAUGUGUCCAUCACUCGAUGCAAGAAACAACUUGUUAUUGUUGGUGAUAUGGAGACAAUGGAACGGUGUGGUGUUCAAAUGUUACAGGAUUGGUGCGAAUGGUGCACAGAACACGCUGAUAUAAGAUACAUCGAAUGA